CUGUCCUUUUUCUUCUUUCAUCAUCUCUUAGAAAAAGAAAAUAUGAAAGGGUUAACACAGUGGUAUUUUGUCCUCUGUUUACUCCUCUUGUCCUUCAACUGUCAUGUUGAUUGCUCAUUAUCUAGUUUCUCUUCCAAUUCUGCUUCCCUGGAAGUUGUCUUAAUGUCAAACAACAACUUCGUUGGAGAAAUUCCUUCUUCCAUAUGUAAUUUGAUGUCAAUUUCAGUUCUUGACUUGUCCAAUAACGAGUUGAGUGGAGCUAUUCCAGAUUGUCUGGGCUCGAGAGGUAAGAUGCCUAAUCUUUCAGUCCUAGAUUUGCACAUGAAUAAAUUUCAUGGAAACAUCCCAGAUUCGUUCGUUGUCGGAAACACAUUAGAGAUACUUAACCUCAACAACAAUGAUUUUGAUGGGCCAGUUCCUAAAUCCUUGGUGAACUGUAAUGAUUUGGAAGUGUUAAAUCUUGGAAACAACAAGAUAAAUGAUACCUUUCCCCACUGGUUGGGAACUCUUCCUCAGCUACAAGUUCUUGUCUUGCGCUUCAACUAUUUCCAUGGUCGAAUAAGCCCUUCAGAGAAUGAAUCUCACUUCUCGGCUCUGCGAAUCUUAGACCUCUCCCACAAUGAGUUCUCUGGGCUUUUGCCAACAACAUAUUUAAAAAGUUUCAGUGGUAUGAUGAAUUUGUCCAAUGUUCAACGGACUUCUAUGGACAUUUUGAAUCCUUCUUACCAUUUUUCCGUGCUUGUCACAAUGAAAGGUAGGGACAGGGUACUUGAGAGAAUUCAAACUCUUUUUACAACCAUUGAUAUGUCAAGCAACAAAUUCCAUGGAAAAAUUCCAGAAAUAGUUGGAAACCUCAUUUCUCUCCAAGUGCUCAAUUUUUCCCAUAACAGCCUAACAGGUCAUAUUCCUUCCUCAAUGGGGAAGCUAACAGCACUUGAGUCACUGGAUCUCUCUACCAACAAGCUUGUUGGGGAGAUUCCCAUGCAGUUAAAUGGUUUGGAAUUUCUUGAAGUGUUAAACCUGUCACAGAACCAGCUUGUUGGACUCAUACCUCUGGGAAAUCAAUUUAAUACCUUUCUGAAUGAUUCCUAUGGUGGCAACUUGGGAUUGUGCGGAUUUCCAGUGUCAAAGAGGUGUGGCAAGGAUGAGGAACAAGAACCACCGGAAUCUGCUUUUCAUGAGGAAGGAAUUUAUUCUUGUCCAUUGGAUUGGAAAUUCGUAAUGAUGGGUUAUGGAUGUGGACUGGUGCUCGGAUUAUCAACAGGAUAUAUCAUGCUGACAAUUGGAAAACCAGAAUGGCUUGUUAGGAUGGUUCAAAGACUAGGCUACAAAAUUCUGAGGAGAUUGAAGAGUUAUCAUUGAGGAAGAAGAAACUCUACGAAGACAGAUGCUGCUCUUCGUUGGUUUGUUGAAUACAUUUGCGUAUUCUAACUGUCUUUUGUUCUCCUGUAUGCCUUAUAAUGUCCUAUAAAAUCCAAUCUCUUGUUGCCCUGGAUAACAAAUUGAAAUUAUCAAAUUGAUAUUCAGUAUUAUGGUUAAGAUGAAACAGAAUCUCCAUACUAUUCUCGUUCAAAGAGUAUUAGCAUCAACGGCCUGUCCAAUUCUUGUCUGCUUCAGUCUCAAUAGUU